CGUUAUCGAUAAAAACCACCUUCCCAUGCUGUUUUGUUUUGUUUUUUAAAUAUAGAAAUUAACAAAUCGGGCAACCAAAAAACAUGCCUCGGUGCUUUGAGAAAUCUCUCUUAGUGGCGAAACUGAGUGCCCUGAAGAAUUCCAAGACAAGUGACCAUGAUUCCGAUUCUGGGAGCGACUUUGAGGAGGACCCGGCGGAGAACAACUUGCAAUUCAACCUCCAGACACUGCACAAUACGUGCCAUUCUACGCACCCGUCUGAAAAUUUGGGAAUGCUGGGCCAGCAGCUGAAGGACCAGGGCAUGCACGCAGAACAAGUCUUUCCCAACUGCAUGGUGACGGUGCCUGUUCCCUUGUUUGUGGCCAAGGAUGGACACACGCCGGGCCUAGAGCCCUGCCACCAGAGAACGCAGAAUCACUACGACUGGCUGCGGCUACUACACAAGUCCAGAACACGGUUCGAGAGGCGUACCAAAAAAAUGAAGCAGCGGGAGAAGAAACAGAGUCUGAAUGUCUACGACAAGAGCAUCUUCGAUUUGGCUGAGCAAAUAGCCAGACAGGACAACCCCCAUUUCCGGGACAACUAUGACUACUACUACACGGGUGGUAACCUCAACACCAUGCCGUUUCAACUGGGCAGCAUGGCCAUGCACGCCAGUGGACCCAACCUGAGGGACCUCCACUUUUCCGAGGUGAAAACCGAAGCGGAAAUGUGGACGCCCAAGCUCUCCAUGCACAUGGAAGAGGCAUCCAGUGAAAUUUUUCAAAUUCUGCCGCUCAAGAGCUUUCAGGAUGACCACGAAAACAUGCUCCUGACCCGAUUUCUCAAGGAAGUAGUCCUCUACGAGUUGAAGGAGAAAGAGACCGAGGAUGAGGAGCUUAGUUACGAACUUGUUUGCCAGAGCAAGUACAGCUGCAACGAGGCUCCAUUUAUAAGUGCCGCUCAGUCUUGGGGGGAUCCCAAAACCUUGGCAUUAGCUUCUCAGGAUCGCUCCUUGAGAUUUGUGAAUAUUGAGACCCAACAGGAUAUAGCCAAGCACGAUGUGUGUUUGCUGAAGGGACUCCAGCAGACGGCCAGUACUUGGGCCCAACUACUCCCGGCUAGCGGCAGCACCUUUCAUUACCUUACCCAACCAGUUCUCCUCACUGUCGACGUCAGAUGUGAUAAACCAAUCAAUCCCUGCUUCGCCAGCAGCGUGCACUCCAGGAACUGCGAGACCUUCUCCUCCUUGGCCAGAAGCGCGAACCCCAAUCUUCUCUACGUGGCCAGCAAUCAUAAGCUGCACUGUUUGGAUCUGAGGUGCUUGGGCAAGAAGCUCACCGAUCGCUCAGUGGUGACCUGGACCCAUCAGAUGACCUUUCCGCCCUGCUUCCUGGACACCUUUGCCCAUGACAGCAGCGAGUACGUGGCGCUCAGUGGACUUGUACCGAACGAUCAGAGGAUUUGCGAAAUGAAGGGAUACCUGGCGGAGAGCGUGGACGAAAUGUUCUCACCCGCGUUGCCCUACCAGCCACCUACCCUGGAGGAAGCUUUGAUGGAGGCCCGAUUAAACGGCUAUGUGGACAUAUACGCCGAUCUGACCGAGCGCGUCAAGGCCUGUACAACGGGGAUGCGCUUCAGCCGCCUGGAGAGGACCAGCGAUGAUGCCUUUGCCCAGCUUUUGACAGCCAAUAGUUUGGGGGAUGUCUACUGCCAAAGAAUGUCGCUUCGGGAGAACGACGAGCUGAUUCAGGAGAUGCGAACCGGUCUCCACACCACCGAGGCCAUUCGAUACUGUGGCGAAGUGGUGCAGGAGCGGGUGGAGCGUCAGAAACUGCGAUGCACCGACGUGCAAACGAUUCCCGAGAUAAGGGAAAUAUUGCGAGAUGGAGCCAAGCUGCCGGAGGUCGACGAGAAGCCCACCAUUGUAGAGUACGUAGAUAUAGACUAUGGUAUUCCGGACUCGGAGGAUUCGGACAGCAAGACCGAAUCCUCAAAAGAGAGUUUCAAGAAGAAGAAGAAAAAAAUAAAAAAGGAGAAGAACAUCAGGAAAGGGGCGUCCCCCAAGAAGAACAAAUCCGGAAAACAGAAUUUCCAAAAAGACAGGGGCAUCAGUCGCGGUCCUUGGCAGAAGUCCGCCUACCAGCUGUCCCGCUACACGGACAUGUUGUCCGUCCAGCUGCUGGAUAUCUGGGACAUGGAGGAGUUCGAUCACACGCGGGAUGUCAGCAGGGAAAUGCUUCAAGAGCGCCUGGAGGAUAGUGGCCAGGAGCCGGAGGCGCGCAUGGCUGACUGGCUGAACAAGCUGCCCAUGAAGCCAGAAAAGCCCCACGACGAGGAUGACGGUCGUCCCAAUGUUCCAGGUACCAGCCUGCCCAAGGUAUACACUGCCACCACAGCGGAGUUCACGAAAGUAACCGACGAAGAAAUAGAGGAGGGCGGCCUGAACACGAGCCUCCCCCCGAUGAUAAGCCCCAAAAAGGAACUGUCUGAGAUGGCCAAGAAGCGCCUGCAUUCCACUUUGCUCCCAGGACAGUACACAGUCAUCGAAUGUGGUUAUAGUAGUAAUCCGACGCCAGUUAAGAAGCCCAAGAAGUACGUCAAGGGGUUCUAGAAUCUAUCUACCUUAAGUAUAAUGAAUAUUGUUUG